CUCCUCGAUGGUCCUCGCCGAAGGAAGAAUGCACACGUCCGAGCGAUGCCAAGUCCACGGCCGGCGCAGAUCCAACAGGCCGACCGGCCGUCGGCAGAUCGUCGUGCAGAUCCGACAGAUCCGUGCAGAUCGUCGUGCAGAUCGUCGUGCAGAUCCGCAGAUGCCAAGCACUUCGUUCGUGCAGAUCCGACAGGCCGGCGCCCGCGCCGGCGCCCAGCAGCUCGGCCACGGCGCACCCCUCGGCGCCGAGGCCCAGCUCGCCGAGCUCCUCGGCCAGCAGCGCCGCGUCCAGGCAACCCCGCGCCGGCGGCCCCUGCAGGCCCCGACCGCCGCCCGGCGGGCAGUCCGGCAGCCCCGCCGGCGCCAGGCAGGCCGCCAGGCCGACGCCGGCCCGCAGCCCGGAGGCUCACCCCGGACCGCGCCUUGCCCGCCCAGCGUCAGCGCCCGCACGCCCGGGCUGAGCCCGCCGGCGGCCGCCAGGAGCGCCAGCGGGCGCACGGCUCGGAGGCGAGGGAGCCGCUGUGCCCCCCCCCCCCCUGCACACACAGUGCGACCCCCCGAGGUGGCGAGGGGGGGAGGAGAGGGGGAGAGGGGCGAGGGGACGGAGAGGAGGGAGGAAGAGGAGGGGAAGGCAGAGAACCACCAGCAGCAACUCUGGGAACGAAACAGCUCCCUCCACCGAGCUCGGCUCAACGGUCGUGACAUGAAAGGGCGCACCGCGUACUCCGCAAGGUUCCAUGACAUACGCCGUCGGUGACGCACUGACCUGGAUCAAUACACGCCCGGGGCAGUCGGGCCUUGCAAUAUCCUGCAAGACCCUGCAAGAUCCUGCACCCAAACCCGGGUCAAUGCGCCCCUGGCUCUGCAGGAUCCUGCAAGAUCAGGCGCUCUGGCGGACACCGUUUGC